AUGAGAUUUGGACGAAGUGGCAAGUUAAGUCCGAGAUAUGUCGGACCUUACAAGGUACUGGAUAGAGUUGGACCUCUGGCGUAUCGACUGGCUCUCCCACCUGCUUUGUCAAGGAUACAUAAUGUGUUCCAUGUCUCCCAACUGAGGAAGUAUGUAUCAGACCCGAGUCAUAUUUUGGAGGACCAACCCAUCGAGGUGAAGGAGAACCUAUCAGUGGAGGAAGUUCCCUUAAGAAUCGUGGAUCGAAAGGAUCAAGUCCUAAGGAGGAGGACCAUACCCUACGUUAAGGUGCAAUGGACGAACCAUGCACCACGAGAGGCAACGUGGGAAUUAGAAGAGGACAUGCGGAAUAGGUACUCAUAUCUCUUUGAUCAAGGUAUUGUUGCUAUAUAG